CCGUGGCUGCUGAGGACGAGCCGCUGCUGUGGGCGCCGGGGACAAGGUGCUGCUGACGCCCCUGUCCGCCGCACAUGUCCCGGGAGCCGUGGCGGGCGCGGCAGCGCUGUGCCCCGCUGAUCCCGCGGGCCCGCGGCGGGCGGGCGCAGCGCGCCGUGUACGUGCUGCUGGCGGCCUGUGCCGGGGCCCUGCUCCUCGCCGGGCAGCCCCUCGUGCCCACCGCCCGCAGCCUCGCCUGCCACUUCGCCACCCUGCAGGUCGGGGAGCUGCUCAAGGGCGUCUGCUACCUGGCCGAGGAGAUCUUCCACCUCGACUCCAGGCACCGCGGCAGCUUCUGGAGGGCCCUGAGCACCUGCUUCCCCCCACGCUGGCACGGGCCCAUGCUGCUCGUCUGUGGCUCAGCCUACGUGGCUGUCCUCAGUGAUGGGCAGCAACUUGGCCUCCACCUCAUCCUGGCCAGUCUGUGCCAGCUCCUCAUCCUUGCCCUGGGGCUCCAGAAGCCCUCAGCAGUGGAGAUGUCAGAGAUGUCCGAGAGGUCCAAGCAGAACGUCGCUCAUGGGCUUGCCUGGUCCUAUUAUGUUGGGUACCUAAAAAUAGUCCUGCCACGGUUGAAACAGUCCAUGGAGGAAUUCAGCAGAACCAAUCCCAACCUGCCGGCGUGCAGGAAGACCUGGAAGCUCCACAUCUUGGUCCCUCUGAGCUGUGAUAUCUAUGAUGACCUAGAGAAAGCUGACAGCAAUAUCCAGUACGUGACAGAGCUCACUGAAAUCAUCCUGGCCCGAGGUGGCAUCAAAAAGAGGGUCUACAAACACAGCCUCUACGCAAUCACAGAUGAAGAAAACCAGCUCUGGCACUGUGCUGUGGAAUAUGCCACCCCGCUGCAGACCCUCUUCGCCAUGUCCCAGGAGGAGUGUGCUGCCUUCAGCCGGGAGGAGCGCCUGGAGCAGGCCAAGCUUUUCUACAGGACCUUGGAGGAGAUCCUGAAAGGCUCCAAGGAGUGUGCAGAUGCCUACCGGCUCAUUGCCUACGAGGAGCCAGAAGAAGCAGAGACCCACUUUUUGUCCAGAGAGAUCCUGUGGCACUUGCGGCAGGAGCACCUCGAGGAGAUCGCCGUGCUCGAGCGGAGCCACGCGCACAGCCCAUCCACAGCCCUGGACUCGGCAGAGCUCAACCUGCAGAUCAGCACGUCAGACCUGCCGCAGCCCCUGCGCACCGAUGGCUUCUGACACACAGCCCCUCACCGCCCCUUGGGGCUUGGGCCACCCUUCCCCAGCCCCCUUCCUCUUGGAGCACGUGCUACCCAUGGCUGCAACCCCCAGCUCCCACCCAAACCUCCUGUGCACCACGGUUACUGGAGCAGCUGACUCAGCCCACAGCCCUGUGACAUUGCUUCCCAUUUUCUUUGUUAUGUACUGCUCUGAUGUUCUUCUGUGGGUGUGUUGGUUUUUUAUCUGUUUUGUGUCAUAUAAAGCACUUUCCU